GGGUAUUCACUGAAAGAAGAAAUAAGAAGAAAGCAAAGCACCUCGCAGAGUAACAGUAUUGGAUAGGAAAAGAGGCGCGCGAACCAUUGAACUUCGAUCACCAUAAGAAAUAAAAAAUGGGUUGUUUGGCUACAUCAUCUGUUCUUUCUAAUCAAUUUAUUCCAUUUUCUACAACUGUCACUAAUUCUACCACAAACUCCAAAUUGGGAGCCAGUUUCCACAGAGUAUACAGAAAUACAACCAAAGAAAAAUCAUGUUUGUCUUUCGUUAGGGAUAACUAUGAAGUUAGGAUUGGGAGGAAUGUUGCAAUCAAGUCAAGCAGAGGAGUAUCUUCUUUGCAAACCCUACAAGAAAAUGGAACUUGGGAAGAACCAGAUAUUGGUAGUGACAGUGACAACGAGGACGGCGAUGAAGAAGGUGAGAGCCUUGGAUUUGAAAGUAAUAGGGAAGACGAAGAGACAAAGACUUCGGCUAUGUCUGGUGUUAAUAUUACUUCACAGGACGAGUAUGAGCGUAUUAAGAAAGAGGUUGAACAGCUUUUGGAGCCAGAAGAAAGAGAAAUAUUGCAACAGAAUGUGACUCCUAACUUGGAAAAAAUAUCAUCUGAAAAAUGGGGCCUGCUGCACUCCCGUGCCUUAUCAUUGCAGAUUUAUAGUAUGGACAAGCUUGUUGAAAAUGGUUAUGAUAUUGAUUUCCUUAAUAAGGAAGGCCUCACUGCACUUCAUAAGGCAAUUAUAGGUAAAAAAGAAGCUGUUAUAAGCCAUCUUUUACGAAAAGGUGCAAGUCCUCAUGUCAAGGAUAAGGAUGGAGCUACUCCACUCCAUUAUGCAGUUCAAGUUGGUGCAAAACAAACUGUGAAAUUAUUGAUCAAAUACAAUGUUGAUGUCAAUGUUGCAGAUAAUGAAGGUUGGACCCCAUUGCAUGUUGCCAUUCAAAGCAGAAACAGAGAUAUUGCGAAAAUUUUGAUAGCUAAUGGCGCAGAUAGGUUGAUAAAAAAUAAGGAUGGAAAAACAGCACUGGAUCUAAGCUUAUGUUAUGGGAAAGACUUCAUGUCUUAUGAUCUUGCUAAAUUAGUGAAGGUAGCUCGAACCAGCAGAGCUCUAUAAUGUACAAGGUGUACGUAGUCAAGCUGAACCAGAUUUGAAGUUUCAGUUAAAUGUUAUGUGCUGCUAAUUGGUGGUGCUUCAAACGUCUUCCAGACUGAUCUUUUUCAAAAUGAUGAAAGCUUUGAUGGAAUCUAGAACGUCAAUGAUUCCUUGGAACGUUACAGGCAUAGCUGUUAUUGACAUCAUAGUCUUGUGAAAAUCGAAAUACACAGUGCAGAUCAUAGUCUUAAUACCGGUUAACUGCAGACAACUAGACAAGUGCUUAGCAAAUUAAUCAAUUAUCCUUGACGAAACAGUUCUAGCUGCUGUAAUCUCUACAUGGGGAAUCACUUCAAAUAUGUACGGAUUAUCUAACUUGCGUAUGUUUUUCUAUAAAGAAUUGUAAAACUGUAACAAGUAGGCAUGGUUCAUAAACUUCUGUUUCAUGUAAGUGUUCUUGUUGAAAAUUUGUUUAUAAUAUUUAAAGGAUAGGUAUUUUUUGAUUAAUUUCCUUUUAUGUAAAUGAAGAACUUCUUUCUACGUUUGGAAGCACAAAUAAACA